AUGGACUCAGCCUGGCCAUGGCUCCAUUGGGGCUACCUCUGCAUGUGGACAGGUGCACUGGCAGUCACCUACCACCCCCCUCUCCAUGGCAAAUGGGUCUUCCUCGCCUUUCGGGUCGCCCUCGCUGUCUCGGAGCUCGCCCCGCACCUCGCUGCUCUCCACGCGCUCAUCGGCUGGGCGCUCUGGCUCUACUCGCCGCUGACGGCAACCGGGCUUGGACGAAUAGGGCUGGUAGCUCACGGUUUUGUGGCUGCUGCGCUGCUGCGAUGUGUUGUUCUCUCGUCGUAUGCCAAGCGGGCGGUUGAUCGGUGCUCGGAGGCGAGCUCGCCGAGCGUACGCGCCGCACUGCCGACGCCGUCGCUGCUCUCAGCCAAGCUCCUGACCUAUGCCGCUCUGCCGUUCCCGCUUGUCGCCUCGGGUGUCGACGUCGUGCGCAACAUCCACUACGCAACCCUCGACGAAGUCCGCAACACCCCGCCGCGAUACAAGCCGUACAAGAAGCUCGAUGUCUACACCGCGGCCAGCGCCCCGCAUCCGGCGGCCGUCCUCGAUCCGGCCGUCGCGGCAAACGCCCCACGCCCGGUUGUCCUCUAUGUCCACGGCGGGGGCUGGCACUCGGGCUCCAAGGACAUCCACGGCGCGACGCUGUGCUCGAGCCUGGCGCUCGCCGGCUUUGUCGCCGUCAACGCCAACUACGCCAUGCACUCAGCGCCCACUCUCCACGACGGCCUCGCCUUCCCAGCCCAGCUCAUCGACGUCAAGCGCGCUCUCCGCUGGAUCAAGGACAACAUCGCGGGCCACGGUGGCGACCCAGACUUUGUGGUCGUCAUCGGCGGCUCGGCUGGCGGCCACCUGGCCGCAGAGCUCGCCCUCACUCCGCACCGCAAGGACCUGCAGCCUGGCUUUGAGGGCUAUGACCUGCGCGUUCAGGGCUUUGUCUCGUACUACGGCGUCCUUGAUGUCUCCAACGCCUCUGGCCUCAUCAACAAGGGCUUCUACCUCUUCUGCAAGUACACCCUCAUGCGGGUCUCCAAGGCCGACGCGCCCGAGCUGUGGGACCUCGCCUCGCCGUACUGCCAGAUCACCGCAGCAGCGCCGCCAGGCCUUCUCAUUCACGGCGACAGCGACAACCUUGUCGAGCUUCCGUUCUCCGAACUCUUUGCUGCUCGCUACGCCCAGGUCACCGGAAAACCGUGUCCGCUCAUUGUCCUCCCGGGCGCCGCCCACGCCUUUGACGUCUUUGCCACCAUCCGCACCUUUUAUGCCUCUCACGCAGUCCACCGCUUUAUCCUCUCGCUUUGGGAGAGCUCGAUGUCACCGGCGUCCUCUCCUUCGGCCAUCCCGCCGCCAAGCCAUACGCCAGGCACCCCAUCCGUGGUCCGGGCGGCGCGUGGCGAAGGCAUUCCUCCUGGCGUCCUUCUCACGGUGGCCUGUUUGUAUCUGUGUGCUGGUGUCCUCGUCCUGGGUGUCAUCACCCUCUCGCUCCUCCUCUUCCCGCUCCUGCUUGCUCUCAAGGUCGAUGGCUUGCUCUCGUGGCCCUGGCCUACUGUCUUCCUCCCGGCGCUCGCCAUGACCUGCAUGUGCACCUGCCGAGGCAUUCGCAUCAGAGGCCUCGGCGUCCUCGUCCGUGUCUCGGGCGCGGUCUCUGCCUCGCUCGUGCUGCUGCUGGCGCUCCCGGCCGCCAUCGCCACUGCUGCCGCAACCUCGUACUCGUACCGCUACUACUCGGGAUGGAACCUGGUCUCGGCAACGUCGGCGGCCAUGGCUCUCUUUGCCUGGGUUGCAUCGCUUCUUGUUGCGCUGCGGGUCGACGGCGCCUCGCACCUCGCCUGGGCCGCCCCGGCGCUCGCCCUCGCCUACAUCCCGGUGACACUGCUUGUCAUCUGGCCGCUCCAGUGGCGCCGCAUCAUCCACGCCCUUCUCUUUCAGCUGCUCUCGGUCGGCCUCGACACGUCGGACCGCGCAGUCACCGGCGCGUCGAUCACGUUCCUUCUCCAGUCGUCGCCGGCCAUCGGCCGCCUCCUCUCGUUUGUCAUUGUCGACAUCCUCGCCACCUGGGUCGCCCUCAUCGCCACUGUCGCCUACAAGCUCCGGCAUCCGGCCGCGUACUCACUUCGCGCCGCGUUUAUUCCGCUCUGGAUUGGCGUCCCGCUCUUUGUCGUCAGCUUUGCUCUCUGGAUCAUGGCUGUCUCCUACACCCUCGCCGCCCUCGACCGCUCCAUCCAGGCCCAGCGCGCCGCCGCUGCUGACGCUGACGCCUCUGGCCCGCCCACCCUCUCCGUCCGCGCCCUGGAAGCGCUGGCGCCCGCGAGCCCCUACGAACUCCCGCUCACUGCUGACGCGCCCGACACCUGUGUCAUCUGCCUCGAGGAUCUGGUCGACGGCGAGCCCUCGCGCCGCCUGCCCUGCUCGCACGUCUUCCACGCAGACUGCAUCGCCGAGUGGGUCGCUCGCAAGGCCGAAUGCCCGACCUGCCGCGGCGCGCUCUCGCCACCCUCCGAGUCUGACGCCGAGUCUGAAGCCGAGUAUGACGCCGAUGUUGCUCGUGAUGCCGGCGCUGACGACGCGCCCGGCGCUCAACACGAUGUUCCUGUCGACACCGGCGCCGCAGGCGGUGCCGAGGGCAGCGACUCUCCUCAGGCCUCUCCUCAGCACGCCUCGCCGGCUCCUGCGCUCGCAAGCCUUGAUCUCGGUCUCUCUUCCGACGACGACGUGCUGGCGCCGCUCUUGUAG